CAUUUCGGAUUUCUCUCUCUCUCUCUCUCUCUCUCCCUCUGUCUCUCUCUCUCCUCUAUUUAUUUCUAUAGCUUGGAGUAAAAUGCAAGAGCAAGCACAUGUCAGUUCCAUUGCAACCAAAUUUAUUCCUUCUAGCAGUGAAAGAUCUUCCAGCUCUGCCUCCAUAUCAAAGUCAAAGAAGUUUCUUUUUAUUUAUUUAUUUUGGGGCUAAUUUGUAGAGCAUUUUGCCAGUUGUCUGGUUAAACUUUGAUAUUUAUCUAAAAUUUGGCGUUAUUUUACUUGAGAUCUGAUUUUUAUUAUGUUUUCUGGGUUAAUUUGUGAAGGUAUAGAUUUACGUGCGUGUAGGCUUUGAAAAAAUUUGGACUUUUUUUGUUUCCAUCUGAGUGUUAUUAUGCUGCUGGCUAGCGGCAGUCGGUGCCAGUCUGCUGAAAUCUGAGGAGAUACUAGAGGGAGUUGCAAGCCUUCAUCUACCGCUGGUAUAUAUGUAUUGUUUAUUUAUGUUUUUCUUUCAUUUGCAGCAUAAAGUCUAGAACAUUGGACGGUUCACACAUCUACGUAUGGAAGACUUCAUCUACCGCUGGUCUUCCGCUCCCGUAUUUGCCGCUGGUCAAUAUUUUUGCAAGACUUCACUGGUGUACGUAUCACUCAGUAUUCCGGAAUGGCAAUCCGCUGGUGUUUCAUUCCCGGAAGAACAAGGAGGACAAAUAGGUUUUGCUGCACAGACAUAUUGGUUUGAACCAGUAAGCAACUCCACAGAAUACAAGUUAACAGCAGAUAGAGGUCAAGCCUUCUUUUCAAACUGAAGUUUUUGUUGAAGAGGAGCUUCAAGGAGAAGCUUAGGAGGGAAAAGGAAAAAGUCUUUUGGUCUACAAAGGUUAUGAGUAGCUUUGGAGAGCGCGCUAGUGGACCGUUAGAUAGCGUAGUUCUUCGUGUUUUCCCUUGUUUAGACUUAGGGCCUGUGUGCCUUAUUUCCUAUGACCUUGUUAUUGACUUUUGGUUUAGAUUUAGCAUGUGCACCUAUGUUGAGAUAUGUGUGGCAUAGCACCUCCGUAUUUAGUCUUUGCUUCUGCUUUACCGUAAUGGAUAAUUAGUUUUCUUUUCCUUUAAUUUAAGCUUUUAAAUUUUGGUAAAAUCGGGGGUGUUACAAUUAUGUUUUCAAAUCUCUCCAUAUUUCUUUUUCUGAGACUUAUUUCCAAGAAACAGCUAACUAAGUUCUCAUGUACAAAGGUAGGUUCUUGGACCCAAUCAUAUAUGGGAGAUAUCAUGAAAGACAUUUUGGGAUCGCUUUUACCAGAAUUCUCAUCAGAAGACUUGGAAAAGCUAAAAACAGGAUUGAAUUUUAUCGCAAUCAACCUCUACACCAGUUUCUAUGUGCAGGAUUGCAUGUAUUCUGCUUGUGGACCUGUAGAUGGUAACACCAGGAUGGAAGGUUUCAUUGGAAAAAGUUCAAUCAAGAAUGGAAUUCCUAUUAGGGAAUCUCUGAUGCCAUAUUGCUUGAGUUUCAGCACUACAUUGCUCAUCCCCACCACUCUGGUUCCUCAAAUGGGAGGAGGAAAGGAGAGAAUUUCAGAAUGCAUUUGGAAGCAAAGGGAAUUAUGUAUAUUCCAAUUUCAACACCACCUGUUCUUUCUCCUUUACAACACCAUGGUUCUGCAGAAGAAUCAUUAUGGAUCUCUUCACAAAAAUAAACUUACAAGAAAAAAUAGACAUGAAUGUAUUUCAAUUAUUGAGGAUGGCUCUAGCAUGCCAGUGAAAGAGGCCUCAUCAUAAAUCCUUGGAGUACACUCUUAUGACUAGCCCCACUCUUUGAUGCCCCUACAGUAUUAAAACCACCAGAAGUAUCGGCGAGAGUAGGAUGAACAUCACCACCGCCACCACCACCAGGCCCCAACCGCCCCCAUCUCUAUCUUUAUCUCUCUUAUAUCUCUUGCCGCCGUACCGCACUUCUCUUACUUCAAUUUGUUGCUCUCGAGCUUGGCUACUGCAUGGAGGUCACAUGUUGAACCGGGUCUCGCAAAAGAAAUGUCACAUGUGUCGUUACCUUCUUCCAAAAUGGAAGAAGCAACGUUUACCGUUGCCUUCUUCCGGAUUAGAAGAAGGCAAAGUUUGUUGUUGCCUUCUUCUAGAACGGAAGAGGCAACGUUUGCGGUUGCCUUCAUCCAGAACGGAAGAGGCAACAUUUGCAGUUGCCUUCUUCUGGGAGAAGGCAACGACAAACGUGGCCUCCUUCCGGAACUUUAGAGUUUUUUUUUUUUUUUUUUUAAAUAGCCAUUGGAGGUUGAAGGCAAUUGUUUUAUAUUUAUGUUUU